AUGGAUGCUUCAGCUUCCAUGGAUAGCUCCAGUGCUGCGGCGUUUGAUUUUACCGAUAUGUUUGAUGAUCCUGAUUUCGCUAUGCCAAGUUGUGCUUUAGCAGUGGCAGAGGCACGUGUGGCUACGGUGGACCAGGACAAGAAUCUGAACCAGCAGAAUGAUGGCCUUCCUGUAAUGCCCUUUAGUGCUCGCAUCCUUGCGAACUUGUACAAACUUUGCAAGAAGAAUCCACCCACUGUUUUUGCUAUGCGAGAGGCUUUUGAUGAGACCGGUCACAAGGUCACAGUCAAUUUGGGGUUUGGAAACGAGACGGCUGUGUCCCAAAUUUGUGUGGUCCACCACUACCUUGUGAUUUGUUGGUUGGUCGGGGGCGAACAGAAAAUGAUGUGCAUGCCUUUGGUGAUUCCUCCACUGCUAGUUCUUACACCAAGUGCACCACAGCUAUACUAUGCCACCACCAACCACCCAAUGCUCCACACCAUCCGUUCUUUUGAGAGACUCAUUGCUGAAACAGCAGGGGAACAGAUUUUGCUCCAAGAAACCGACUCGGCGACAGCAAAUGAUCGCCUUUAUCAUUUCAAGCUGAAUCGUUUUGACGGAGAUCGUGCUUUGCGAGAGUGCAUGCCAUGCUUAAACCACCAA